UACACACAAUCACACACGCGCGCGCACGCGCACACACACUCAGCCACAUACACUCAGCCACACACCGCGCCACCGCAGGCCUCCGGGAGCGCUGAGCGCUCGGGUUGAGAGAGUAAGGGGCGGGCACUUCGUGGCCAAAACCCACCGCGCACUUGAAUUCCAGGCUUAGUGCCUGACUCCCCUCCAGCUCUCAGGAGAAGCCGCCAGGGGGCGCCUCCCGGGCCUGGCUUCGUUGGCUCGGUGGCCGUGGGAAGCCCACAUCUGCCCCGCAGGUGCCCCUGCCCAGAGCAAACAGCGGGCCGGGAGCCCGGGGCCUUGAGAUAAGGCGGGGGUAGGCUAUAUCCGGCAUGAGGGCCCGGGAGCAGGAGCGCGCAGGGUUCUGAGGGCGGCGGCACGGGGCGCACCCAGAGGGCUGAGAGGGAGCAGAACGCGGCCAUGGACCCUGUGGGGGCAGCAGAACCCCCAGGCCCUCUGACUCACCUGAACCUGCGAGACGACUCGGAGGCGCGGCCGCAGAGCGGAGCCGACGGGCGGGGCCUCGCGGGCAGCUGGAGCAGGGCAUCCCCAGAGCGCACCACUGUCCUGAGGGAAGGCGUACGCCGGUGCUUGCAGCUGCAGUGCGAGCAGACGGUGCGGAUCCUGCACGCCAAGGUGGCCCAGAAAUCAUACGGAAAUGAGAAGCGGUUCUUCUGCCCCCCGCCCUGUGUGUACCUCGCGGGUCCUGGCUGGAGGGUGAAGCCAGUGCCGGGCCAAGCCCACCCAGCAGGGGAACCGGGGCCCACUGUCUGCGGUUACAUGGGACUGGACGGCGCAUCCGGCAGCGCCGCCGAGACGCAGAAGUUAAAUUUCGAGGAGCAGCCCGACUCCAGGGAAUUCGGUUGCGCCAAGACCCUGUACAUCUCAGACGCAGACAAGAGGAAGCACUUCCGGCUGGUGCUGCGGCUGGUGCUCCGAGGCGGCCGGGAGCUGGGCACCUUCCACAGCCGCCUCAUCAAGGUCAUCUCCAAGCCCUCACAGAAGAAGCAGUCGCUGAAAAACACCGACCUGUGCAUAUCCUCGGGCUCCAAGGUCUCCCUCUUCAACCGCCUGCGCUCCCAGACGGUCUCCACGCGCUACCUCUCCGUGGAGGACGGGGCCUUCGUGGCCAGUGCGCGCCAGUGGGCUGCCUUCACCCUCCACCUGGCUGAUGACCAGUCCUCCCAGGGGGACUUCCCACCUCGAGAGGGCUAUGUCCGCUAUGGCUCCCUGGUGCAGCUGGUCUGCACUGUCACGGGCAUCACCCUACCUCCAAUGAUCAUCCGCAAAGUAGCCAAACAGUGUGCACUCCUCGACGUGGACGAGCCCAUCUCCCAGCUGCACAAGUGUGCACUCCAGUUUCCUGGGGGCCCUCCUGGAGGCGGUGGCACCUACCUGUGUCUUGCCACAGAGAAGGUGGUGCAGUUCCAGGCCUCCCCCUGCCCCAAGGAGGCGAAUAGGGCGUUGCUCAACGACAGCUCUUGCUGGACCAUCAUAGGCACCGAGUCGGUGGAAUUCUCCUUCAGCACCAGCCUGGCGUGCACCCGGGAGCCGGUCACCCCGGUGCCCCUCAUCAGCACCCUCGAGCUGAGUGGCGGGGGUGACGUGGCCACGCUGGAGCUCCACGGUGAGAACUUCCACGCGGGGCUCAAGGUGUGGUUCGGGGACGUGGAGGCCGAGACCAUGUACAGACCUAGGCGCCCAGGCGGGCCCCGCCCGGCCCUCGGCCCAAUUUGCCGGGUGCGAGGGAAGGCCCAGUCCCAGCAGCCGCAGAGGCUCUCGCCACUGACACCGGCCCUGCGGGUCUUCCCGAGUAGCCGGCUCCUCCUUUGACAUCUAGGAAGAUGCUCUUUGCGUGCACUCAGAGUGUGGCUCUCCCGCCUUCGUCUCCGUUUCACUCUCUAAAUCAAACAAUCUGUCUGUCCCUCAGUAACUUUAUAGAUGUCUGUCUGUGUGUCCUGUCGCUCCAUCUUUGUCUGCCUGUGUCUCACAUCGUUUCUCACGCCCAGGCCUGGCCUACAGACCCUGGAGCACGGGUCCUGAUCAGAGUAUGAGAUCUGUCGGGAGUGUCAAGUGCCACCUGGAGCCCCGGGUUCUACCCUGGAACACAAAGAUCUGCCCUUCCUUGUACUCCCUAUGGCUGGAGGCAGCGCAGUGCCCUUGCCUGUGUUUCCUCUUUGGCUCACAUCUUUAGUGGUUGGGCAGGUGCCGGGGCACUGGGAAGGUCUUGCCAUCUUAACUAUCCACACAGGCACUUCUCUUGAAGGCCCAAUAAGAUGCGGUCCUGAGGGUCAGGGGUUACUCUGCUGUGCUAGCAGCCCCGCCCCCCAAUCCAAGUGAGACUCUAAUCUGUAUGACCCACCUGCACAAGGAGAGGGGUGCCCAGUGUACUCCCCCACCCUCACACACACACACAGGAGGAAACACGGUGCCGUGAGCAGACAGCCUGUCCCGUGGGCCCUUUCUAGAGAAGAAGCCAGCAGCCCUGACCCUGUGCCUGCCAUGGGGGCCACCUGUCCACUCUGGCAAUGAAUUACCCCUCCCCCACCCCAAGCAAAGAUGCGCCCCAGACACAGAGGGGAACACAGGACACAAUAAAACUUUCCCAGGACAACUCCAGACACACCUGAGAUCAACUGGGCAGUAACCCAGCUGCCAGAGAAGCUUCUCUGCAUGAGGCCCGGAGACCAAGUCACAGGCCGUCCCUGCGCAGCCUGCCCACCCUCUGCCUGCUCUGUGCUCUCCAGGGAAGCAGAAGAACCAGGCAGGGUCCUGACUCUGGCUGCUGGAACCAGGCACACAUAUCACAGGUGCCAGCGACCUGCACUAGCUCUCAUGGUGCCAAACGGAGAGAACCAGUCUGAAAUGUUGGUUCAGGGUUCUCACCUCCCCCCAUCCCCCCGACCCCCACCUGAACUUUCCUUGAACUCUGAGGAGGGGCUCAUUUCCUGCAGAACGCCUCCCCCAGAACAUGGAAAGCCCCGUGAGAAAGAAGAUGCUGGCCCUUCCCAAGAGGGUUGCUCUAGACUCCCCAGGGCCUCGAUCAGCAGGGCGAACCCCCUGUCACAGGGGGGGGAGCAGCUUGUUCGAGGCCCCUCGUGGCCGCCGAGAGCGAAUCCUGGCCAAGGAAUGCAGGGCACGAGUUGAAUGGGAAAUGUCCCCGACUUGAGUGCACACCUCAGGAGAGCUUGGGCUCCGUGCCUGCGAUGGUGUUGAAGCAGGAAGCCACUCGAAGGAGGCUAAGAGGAGUUUCGCAGCCCACCACACAGGAAGUUGGGGCUCAAGGGCCCAUCCAGCCCUGCCCUCAAGGACUUCCUCUGCCACUCCACAGGCAGGCAUGGUGGAAGCCAAGAACCUAGGUUGGCCUGAGAGCCCUGGCCCAGCCAUGCAGCUUGCCGCAGGGCACCCUAGAACGCGUGGUCUCACCCGCACACCCCCCUGGAAGUCUAUGACCACAAAGCUCCAGCCCUAGCCUGAGUUCCAGCUGCUGGACUGUCCUUGGAGGUCCUCCCAGCCUGAGCCUGAAUCCAUGGAACAUCAAACUCCCCUCCCUGCCCACCCCCCGCAUAGCCCUUCAUCUUUUAUCUCCUCCCCCUCAUCACCCAGUUUCCAAGGUCUAAGGACUGACUCCACCCCUCCUUCCACACUAAAAUAGGCUUCCUCCUUUCCUCUCCUGCCAUUUCCACCCCGUUCUCCAAACCCAGCUCAGAUGGCACCACCUCCAAGAUUUCCCCAAGGCAGGACCGGCUACACAAUGUGUAGGGCCCCGUGCAAAAAAAUGUACGCCCCUUGUGCCAAAAUUAUUCAGGAUUUCAAGACAGCAACAGCAGAGCCUGAAAUCAAGGCAGGGCCCUGCUAAGCACAAGGCCUAUUGUGACUGGACACGUCACAUGACCAUAAAGCAGGCCCUGGUUUCAGGCUUUCCACCUUGUGGAACACCUCACUUGGGACCAUGUCCCCCUUGGAAUAAAGGGCUUUAUGUACAUUUCAAGUGUCUCCUAUAGACUAUGAGCUUCAAGUGGAAAGCUCAUCGCUGCAUAGCCUGGAGGGCGCAGUACAAUGCUUGAUUAUUGAGUUGGGCUCAAUAAAUACCAAAUUGCAUUCCA